AUGCGACGACCUGUCUCGCUGGUAUCAUACAGCAGCUCGGACGAAAACGACUCCGAAAAUUCUGCGUCCGUGGCACCUCGAAAGAAAAGACUUCCAGAGCUUCCUUCAUCCCUCACUCCUCACAUACCUUUGGACAGCCCGGCUCUUCAUCAAGGUCGCAUUCGUACCACACCUCAUGUCGAAGGUCAAUUUGCUGCCUACGUCUAUGUUCCGCUGAUCUUGGACGCGCGAUCUCCUCUUCGCAAGGUUGUCAAGCAGUCUUAUGCAUAUGCGAAGACGGUCAUACCCUCACUGCAUCCUAUCGGAGAGCAAAACUUCGACAGCCCCGCCGAGAAGAGCAGCGAAGCGCGUGUGUCAAAACUUGAGCAUGGCGAUGGAGGCCUUGAGCUUCACAUUUCACUAACUAGACCAACAUAUCUCCGCGCGCACCAACGAGAAGACUUGAAGCGUGCGGUCAAAGCAAUAGCACAAUGUAAUCAGACAUUCAACGCGUCAUUUGCAUCGUUCUCCGAACUCAUAAACGACGAACGUACUCGCACAUUCCUUACCGCUGAAAUUGGCGCCGGACAUCAAGAGCUUAAGGCACUUUCCGAUGCAUUAGUUCCAACGCUCCUCGCAAUCAAACAACAAGAGUUCUAUAGCAAGCCUCGAUUCCACAUCUCUAUUGCCUGGGCUCUGUUGGAUCACCCGCGCACAAUUGAGAAAGACAGGAACUUCAGCUCAAGCACCCCAACCUCACCGCCAAGUUCUCGGCAGUUGUCUCCCGGCAUCAGUAAUCAGGUCUCCGAAGAAGAAGAAACAUCCAAUAGCAACAAGCCAUCACAACCUUCGCCACCGCAGACGAGCUGCUCUCACCGAUUCCCGACGAUACCCUCUCUGCCUGCGUCGCUCCUGUCAGACCUGAACCGAAUGUUCGGAAGCUCGCUAUCAUCGCGGCACAUCGGCAUGUUCGAAGUGAGAGAAAUAGUCAUUAGGAUCGGGAAGGAGGUCAGUAGAUGGCCACUCGCGGGUUAACUGUCUGAUGCUGCAGCUGCUGCAUGUACUU